CAUGAUUGGAAAUGCAAAUUGCUAUAAAGUCUCCAUGUGGUCAGCCUGUCGACCAUUCGGGCUUUUCGUUGCUCAAAUAGCAACAUCUAAUACUGGUCAUCCCUCCAGUAUACCUUCGUAUCCUGAAUUCAUAGAUUAAAAUCAGUCUUUACAUUCUACCGCUCUAAGUAGACCUCGACCAUGACUGUCUCCAAUGGAACAAGGUCGUGGCAAGAAAUUGCCCACGAUUACCAAAAACAUCGCGAUGAGACCGUUGCCCGUGUAGAUCCUGCCAUCCCAGAUGCACCAGCCAAGCUUCCUCUCAAUGUCACCGGCCUACCGAAGCAGCUGUUGUCUGCCCGAGAAAUUGAAAUCACCGAGCAGACUGUACCGGAACUGAAGCAGAAGCUAUCUACAGGGGAGUGGAAAUGUGUUGAUGUUAUCAAGGCCUUUCUGCGUCGAGCAGGUCUGGGACAGAAAUUGGUCAACUGCGUAGCGGAACUGCUUCCAGAGCGAGCGAUCAAGCGUGCAGAAGAACUAGACCAGUAUCUCGAAGAGCACAAGAGACCAAUUGGACCUCUGCAUGGCAUCCCAAUCAGUGUCAAGGAGCAUCUUGGCAUGAAGGGGCUGGACCUCAAUGCCGGUUUCUGCUCGUUUGUUGGAAAAGUACCAGAUGAGGAUGCGCAUCUCCUGAAAAUUCUCUGGGAAGCGGGAUGCGUCUUCUACGUUAGAUCUACACAGCCUCAAACUUUGAUGCACCUCGAAACGUCAUCGAAUCUCUGCGGUGUCACAGUCAACCCCUUCAAUCGAGCUCUGACAUGUGGAGGAAGUUCUGGUGGAGAAGGCGCACUGCAAGGCAUUGGUGGAAGCAUCCUGGGAAUUGGAUCUGAUAUUGGCGGCAGCAUUCGAUCACCUGCUGCAAACAAUGGUGCCUACGGAUUUCGGCCCUCAACAUAUCGCCUCCCUACAGGCGGCUACGCAUCUGCCAUGCCAGGUGCCGACUCCAUCGUUGGCGUUGUCGGGCCGCUCAGCAACUCCCUCGAAGGAAUCGAGCUAUUCAUGCAAACUGUUAUUGACGCACAACCUUGGCUCAAAGAACCCAGUCUCGUGCCCUUGCCAUGGAAGCAGCCUGACCCAAACUGGUUUACCGAUCAUAGUGGCAAGUUCAAGAUAAAAGUGGGCGUUUUAUGGACCGACGAGGUGGUCAAACCGCAUCCGCCGGUGCUGCGAGCGUUGAAGGAAGUCGUCGAAAAGUUGAAGCAAACAGAGGGUUACGAGAUAGUCGAAUGGAAGCCAUAUAAGCAUGAUUUGGCAUGGGACAUUAUCGCUAGCUUAUACUUUCCGGACGGCGGUGCCAAAGAAUCCGCUGCCAUUGACUCAUCUGGCGAGCCAUGGCGGCCCCUGUCCGAAUUUAUCAUCAAAGACAACCCACUUGUCAAAGCACACUCCAUUGAUGAUAUCUGGUUUUGGCAUCGUCAACGUAACGAGUACCGGACAGACUACGCCAAGUUGUGGAACAGCACUGCUGUCAAAGAUCACGGCAAAGGCGUCCUCGAGGGUGCCGUAGAUGUUAUCCUUUGUCCUGUCGGACCCGGCGCCGCACCACCAAUCAACUGCGCCAGGUACUGGGGCUACACCAGCCAGUGGAACCUGCUCGACUAUCCGUCUGUCGUGUUCCCCGUUACAAAAGUCAAACCGGAUGUCGAUGUCACAGAGACUGACUACAAGCCUUUGAAUGAUCAAGACGAGUAUAAUUACAAGCUUUACGAGCCAGAACUCUACCGCGAUGCACCCGUAGCUUUGCAGCUAGUUGCGCGGAGAUAUGAAGACGAAAAGGUUCUCAAAGCGCUAGAAUUAAUUCAAAAGGCAACCGGUGCGCCGUUUGAAAAGUAAUCUUGUAUGCAUCGAGCAUUUGAUAUAUCCCAGAGACUACGUCGACGCAUUUAUUGUGUUCGCUUGCGUGGAUAGUAGUAGACUAAUAGAGUUGGAUCAGUCGUAGAUAGCACGUCUAUUUAUAUAAGGUUUCGAUACCAUGCUGCUUAGACAGUAUUAUACUGUUCUAUGAUUCAAGCGAUGGACCGCGCUCACUGUAAUGCAUAUAAAUUUUUAGAAGAGAAAAAGAAAUCCAGCAUAGUGGGAA